AUGGCAAAGUUUAAAAAUGUUUCUAUUGCUAAAUCUAGGACACAUUACGCCGAAAAGUUAAUGCUACCUCCGCGAGAUAUUGUUUUUCCUUUUGCUUAUUAUCACCUUCACAGAAUGGAGGCCCAACUAGCCUCUGAAACCCAUCAAGCGAAAUAUA